UUCAAUACACCUAUAUUCCUGAGGCAGAAGUUUGCAUCGUAUGCAAACACUGCUCUCUCCGAAAGGUUUCGCGAUUGUGAAUUCGUGGAGAGCCGACUGAUAUCCCAGCAAUUCAUUCUGUCCCGUCUCCUGUCGAGCCCUGUGCCGGAGCUGCUCUGACUUCGAAUAUACCGCACUCUUCAAUUACUGCUUCGGACCCGAAGUGAGCACUACCAACGAUUGCAAUCCUCAGAUCAGACCUCAUCCACUCCAUCUACCACCCAAAUCUACCACCCACCACUCCGAAAACCCAACCCACAACUACAACAGCCAGAAUGUCUGUCCCAGUCCGAACAAUCACCUCCUUCCGCACAACCUUCAAUCCCUUCUCCUCCAUCUCGCGCCCCUGCCGCCUCUUCCUCAACCUAAUCCGCCAACCCUCCACGAUCUCCGCCUCGAGCCCCAACCACAUCGACAUCAAAGUCACGCAGCUCCCGCGAAACUCGACACAGCUACCCGAGAUGACAAUAGGGUUUAAGGGCGGGAAGGAGAUUCAGCUGGAUGUUGGGAAGAGGGAGAUGAAGAUUGGAGAUGUGAUUGAGGAGGUUGCGCGGGUGGGACGGGUCAUUGAGAGGGAGCAGACGUUGAAGAGUUAAGAUAUGUUUUGUUGUUUAUGGGUUAUGUGUGAUUGCUGUAUUAUUAUGGAUUUUUCUUUGCCUAGUUCUUACUCACGGCGCUUGGAAGACUGGGUUGUCUUUGAGACAGAUUCAGUUUUUCGGUGGAGGAUGACAUGCUUGUAUAUACCAUGUAGCAUAAGAAUUUUUAUGGUCCGGUGACUCCUACUCUCUACUUAGGGAGUUGUAGCUUAC